ACACAGAUCUUCAAGUUCCCAGCAAAAGCAUAUACUAUUGCCAUGCCUUCAAAUCAACAAGUGAAGCUUUUUGGGAUUGUAGGAAGCCCAUAUGUGACGAGAGCCGAGAUUGCUCUAAAACUCAAGGGAGUGGAAUAUGAAUACAUUCAUGAAUCACUGACCAACAAAAGUGAUCUUCUUCUCAAGUACAAUCCGAUUCUCAAGAAGGUCCCUCUGCUUCUUCACAACCAAAAGCCAAUCUGUGAGUCACUUGUGAUUGUCGAAUAUAUCGACGAGACUUGGACAGGUUAUUCUCUCUUGCCUUCUGACCCUUACCGCAGAGCCUUGGCUCGUUUCUGGUCCAAGUUCAUCGAUGACAAGGUCUUGCCUGCUGCAUUUAAAGCAGCUUGGAAUCCUGAUGAGAAGGAGAGAGAGAAAGGUGGUGAAGAAUUGUCGGAGGGUCUGAGGAUUCUGGAAAAUGAACUGAAAGGAGAGUUCUUCAGUGGAGAUUCAAUUGGAUUUGUGGACAUUGCAGGAUUGUUCUUGGCUUUCUGGCUGCCUUUGAUUGAAGAAGCUGGAGGGCUUGAGUUGUCAAGUGAGAAAUUUCCAAAGCUGAAGAAAUGGAGUCAUCUAGUUCUGAAUCAUCCAGUUGUAAAAGAAGCUUUGCCUCCGAAAGAUUAUCUUCUUGCUUACUACAAAACUCGCUUUCAGUGCAUCGGUGCUUCCAAAUAGACGAAUGGAUUGAUCUUUGGGUUAAUUCUUGCAUGUUGUAAUCUCAUGUUUCACGCCACAAUAAAAAUAUGUAUCAUAAUUGAGGAUUUAUUUUGCACUCAAAUUUCAAUCAUGCCUUUAGUUUAUGAAAA